GUGUCGGCAGUAUGCGUACAUGUAGGAAGCCCUUAUGUAUUUGUAUAUAUAGAUUAUUGGGGGUGAAGUAGAAGUCAAAAGCAAAUUAAGAAAAUGUGGUGGGUGGUUGGUUUUUGUGUUUUGGGGGGUUGGAUUUUUGGGUGGGUUUGGGAUUGGGUAAAUCCCAAGUGCAAUGGCAAACUUCCUCCAGGCAACAUGGGCUUCCCCAUCAUUGGCGAAACCAUUCAAUUCUUUUCCCCUUAUGGCUUCUACGACAUCCCUCCGUUUAUCAAAUCCAGAAUUACUAGAUUCGGGGCAAUUUUCAAAACGAGCAUAGUCGGGAACAAGGUUGUGGUAUCAACCGAUGCGGAAGUGAACUACAAAAUCUUUCAGCAGGAAAACAAAUCAUUCUUGAUUUGGUACAUGGAAAGCUUCAUUGAAAUUUUCGGACAACAAAGCUUACUUGCAUAUCAUGGAAUGAUUCAUAAGUAUCUAAAGAACCUUAUCUUGCACCUUGUCGGCCCUGAAAAUCUUAAAGCUAACGUAAUUCAUGAAAUGGAUCAUGCCACUCGCUGUCAUCUCAACUUAUGGGCUUCUCAUCACACCAUUGACGUCAAAGAAGCAGCUUCAGAUAUGAUAUUUGAAUAUUUCUCUAAGAAAUUAAUCGGGUACGAUGAAAAGAAGACUUCGAGAAAAUUGAGACAGAACUACAUCGACUUCAUUGAAGGUCUUGUCUCCUUUCCUCUUAACAUUCCAGGAACUGCAUACCACUCGUGUUUACAGGGUCGAAAAAAUGCGAUCAAGGUGAUAAAGGAGAUGUUGAAAGAGAGAAGAUCAUCAAAAGCAGUUCAUAAUGAUUUCUUAGACUACUUGCUUAAGGAAGUUGAUAAAGACAAUACAAUUUUGAGUGAAGGCAUUGCCGUAGACUUAAUCUUUGCGCUUCUUUUUGCAACUUACGAAACUACGUCUGCAUCUAUCACUUUGUUAAUGAAAUUUAUUUCCGAAAAACCCCAGGUUUUGUUAGAACUAAAGAAGGAGCACCGAGGAAUUGUUGAGAAAAGAGAGAAUGAGAAUUCGCAAAUUACAUGGGAGGAGUAUAAAUCAAUGACUUUCACACAUAUGGUCAUCAAUGAAACAGUAAGGCUUGCUAAUAUUGUCCCGGGAGUUUUCAGAAAAGUGUUAGAGGAUGUUGAGGUGAAAGGAUAUACAAUUCCAGCAGGAUGGAUAGUCAUGGUUGUUCCAUCAGUGCUUCAUUUGGAUCCUGAUAAGUAUGAGAAUCCUCUUACAUUUAAUCCAUGGCGU